CGGAUAUUUUUAUUAUUGAAAAGGCAUCUUUUUCUUAUCUCAAAACUUUUCUUCUCUCGUUUACAAUUCUAGGGUUUGCUUUCAUCAAUUGAGUAUGUCUUCAUCUAAGAAUAUUGUGUUGAAGAGUUCUGAUGGCGAGACUUUCGAGGUUGAAGAAUCUGUGGCUUUGGAAUCUCAGACAAUUAAGCAUAUGAUUGAGGAUGAUUGCGCCAACACGAGUAUUCCCCUUCCUAAUGUUACCAGUAAGAUCUUGGCUAAGGUGAUUGAGUACUGUAAGCGCCACGUGGAUGCUGCUGCUAAGACCGAUGAUAAAGCCGCUGAGGAUGAUUUGAAGAGCUUUGAUGCUGAUUUCGUUAAAGUUGACCAGGGCACUUUGUUCGAUCUUAUUCUCGCUGCCAACUACUUGAACAUCAAGAGCUUGCUCGAUCUCACCUGUCAGACUGUGGCAGACAUGAUCAAAGGGAAGACCCCAGAGGAGAUCCGCAAGACCUUCAACAUCAAGAAUGACUUCACACCCGAGGAAGAGGAGGAGGUUAGAAGGGAGAAUGCUUGGGCAUUUGAGUGAUAGCUGAUGCUUUUUAAGUGCCCAUAUGCUGGUGAUAGUUGCAAUAUAGUAGAUGCUAUGAACAAAUUUUUAUAUUAGUAGUAUAUAUGUUCCUAACGUUUGCUUUGGAACCUUUAUAUUUUGCUGUUCUUCCUAACUUUUGCUUUGGAGCGUUUGACUUUGUCCUUCAAUGAAGACAGUUGGUCCUCUUUUCUCUA